UGUGAAGACCCAGGUUUUCCACGUCAGUGUGUUUACCAAGAACAGAUUGACAGCCGGUUUAUGUGUUUCAUUUAUCCAUAUUAGGAACAAUUUAGCUUUUGAAUCAAUAGUUGUGGGUUUUAAUGUGUCUCACGUACUGGGAUGUCAAAAUAUUUUCAUUGUCCUAUAUGUUGUAAUUGAUUUUUGGUCACCACUGUUGGCCAGUUAGCUUGCUAGCUAACUAGCAGUUGAAAUUGUACAGGACUCCAUCUUGGAACUGCAAACAUACAGAUAUCAGGAUGGUCGACAAGAAUAUAUACAUUGUCCAAGGGGAGAUUUGUACUGUUGUAAGUUCCAUCAAGAGGAAUUCAAGGUGGAAUACCCACACUCCUUUGGAUGAAGAACAAGAUCCAUUGCUUAACAGCUUCAGCCACCUGAAGGAGACUCUCAACAAUAUAAAAGAGCUGUCAGAUGUGGAGCCCAACGUAUUCCUGCGGCCCUUCCUGGAGGUGGUACGGUCUGAAGACACCACCGGACCAAUCACAGGCCUGGCCCUCACCUCUGUCAACAAGUUCCUGUCCUAUGGCCUCAUAGAUGCUAACCAUGAGGCAGCAGCGGAGGCCAUCGAGAACAUGGCGGACGCCGUCACACAUGCCAGAUUCGUAGGGACAGAUCCCGCCAGCGAUGAAGUAGUGCUCAUGAAAAUCCUACAGGUCCUGAGGACUUUGCUGCUCACGCCCGUAGGAGCCCACCUGACCAACGAGUCUGUGUGCGAGAUCAUGCAGUCGUGUUUCCGCAUCUGCUUCGAGAUGCGCCUCAGCGAGCUCCUGAGGAAAUCAGCCGAACACACACUGGUGGACAUGGUGCAGCUGCUGUUCUCCAGACUACCCCAAUUUAAAGAGGAGGCCAAAAGUUUUGUGGGUGCCAACAUGAAGAAGCUAAAGAUGCGUGCUGGUGGGAUGAGCGAGUCGUCAAAGUGGAAGAAGCAGAAGCGCUCGCCCCGGCCCCCCCAUCACAUGGUACGAAGCGCCUCGGGUGGAUUGGAGCAGGCCCCUCCCACCACCCUCAGCAACAACAACCUCUCUGGUGGUGUCCUGUUCAUCGAGCAGGGUAGUUUGUCUGUCCCAGACAGCGUGGCCUCCUCCAUGUCUAGCCCCACAGACAGCGGCCUGGACACUUGCUCCAAAGCCACCUCCAGAGAGGACCUGACAGACCUGGACCAGAGCAGCUCCGCCGCCACCACCCCAGGCACGGCAACUAGCCCUUCCACAGAGCCUGGACGCCUGGACACUCAGUCUGAGGGGAAGCAGGUGGAUCGUGCCCAGUCAGCCUCGGUGGAGUCCAUCCCUGAGGUCCUGGAGGACAGAGAUUCUGUGACGGAACAUUCAGACUCAGCCUCAAUACACGACAUGGACUACGUCAACCCACGAGGAGUCCGCUUCACACCACAGCAAACACAGAGAGACGGUGCGGCUCUCAUCCCCUACGGUCUGCCCUGUCUGCGAGAGCUCUUCCGCUUCCUCAUCUCGCUGACCAACCCCCAUGACCGCCACAACACGGACGCCAUGAUGCACAUGGGCCUGCAGCUGCUGACCGUGGCUCUGGAGGCGGCCCACAUCGCCCCUUACCAGUCACUGCUGGGCCUGGUCAAAGAUGAGCUCUGCAGACACCUCUUCCAGUUGCUAAGUGUGGACCGUAUGAACCUGUAUACCGCCUCCAUACGAGCCUACUUCUUGCUCUUUGAGAGCAUGCGAGGACAUUUGAAGUUUCAGCUUGAGAUGUAUCUGAAGAAGCUGAUGGACAUCAUCACGUCAGAGAACAUGAAGAUGCCUUAUGAGAUUAAGGAGAUGGCCCUGGAGGCCCUGGUGCAGCUCUGGAGGAUCCCCAGCUUCGUCACCGAGCUCUACAUCAACCACGACUGUGACUUCUACUGCUCCAACCUGUUUGAAGACCUCACCAAGCUGCUCUCCAAGAAUGCCUUCCCUGUGUCUGGACAGCUCUACACAACCCACCUUCUCUCACUAGAGGCCCUACUUACUGUGAUUGACAGCACUGAGGCCCACUGCCAGGCUAAGGUGCUCAACAGCACCACUCAGCAGGACCAAUCAGCAGAAACUGUGUUGGCGGAAGGGGAGGGCUCAACCAAUGACUGUGUAGACACAACCACAGAAGCGAGCAGGCAGGUGAACAGUGCCAACGGUCAGAAUGUUCCAGAGGCUGACAGCGUGCCCCUUCCACCUACCAGCGGGCACCUGAUGGCAGAGAAGAUGAGACUGGGCAGACAAGACCAGGAGGAGACAGAACCAGCUGAGAAGAAAGAACCGACAAAGCCUCAACGCUUCUCGUCUUGUUUACCUGAUUCUCAGGAGCUGUUGGACAUCAGAAAUAAAAAGAAGCUGCUGAACUGCGGCACAGAGCAGUUCAAUCAGAAGCCUAAGAAGGGCAUCCAGUUCCUGCAGGAAAAGGGUCUCCUCAGCAGCCCCAUGGACAACAACGAGGUGGCCCAGUGGCUCCGGGAGAACCCCCGCCUCGACAAGAAGCAGAUCGGAGAGUUCAUCAGUGACCGCAAACACAUGGAGCUACUGGACAGCUUCGUCAACACGUUCACCUUCCAAGGACUGCGUAUUGACGAGGCGCUGCGUCUGUAUCUGGAGGCCUUCAGACUGCCAGGAGAGGCUCCGGUCAUUCAUAGACUUUUGGAAACCUUCACAGACACCUGGCAUAAAGUGAAUGGCUCUCCCUUCAUGACCAACGACGCGGGCUUCGCCUUGGCCUACGCUGUCAUCAUGCUCAACACAGACCAGCACAACAACAACGUGCGCAAGCAGAACAUCCCCAUGACUGUUGAGCAAUUCAAGAAGAAUCUGAAGGGUGUGAAUGGAAAUACAGACUUUGAUCAGGAUAUGCUGGAGGACAUCUACAAUGCAAUCAAGAAUGAUGAGAUAGUGAUGCCAGACGAGCAGUCCGGCCUGGUCAAGGAGAACUAUGUGUGGAGCGUGCUGCUCCACCGGGGGGCCACCUCCGAGGGGGUCUUCCUCCACGUGCCCGCCGGCAGCUACGACCACGACCUGUUCACCAUGACCUGGGGGCCCACUAUCGCCGCCCUCUCCUACGUCUUCGACAAGAGCCUGGAUGACACCAUCAUCCAGAAGGCCAUCGCUGGCUUCAGGAAAUGUGCCAUGAUAUCAGCUCAUUAUGGAUUCAGUGACGUGUUUGAUAAUUUGAUCAUCUCCCUCUGCAAGUUUACAACGCUCAGCAGCGAGUCAGUGGAGAACCUGCCCACAGUGUUUGGGAGUAACGGGAAGGCCCAGGUAGCUGCUAAGACUGUGUUCCACCUGGCCCACUGGCACGGUGACAUCCUGAGGGAGGGCUGGAAGAACAUCAUGGACUCCAUGCUGCAGCUGUUCAGAGCCGAGCUGUUGCCCAAGGCCAUGGUGGAGGUGGAGGAUUUUGUGGAGCCAAAUGGAAAGAUAUCCCUUCAAAGAGAAGAGACGCCUUCAAAUCGGGGCGAGUCUGCGGUGCUGAGCUUUGUAAACUGGCUGACUCUGAGUGGAGCGGAGCAGUCUGGUCUACGUGGGCCCUCUACUGAGAACCAGGAGGCCAAGCAGGCAGCAAUGCUCUGUAUCAAGCAAUGUGACCCAGAGAAGCUGAUCACAGAGAGUAAAUUCCUGCAGCUGGAGUCUCUACAGGAGCUGAUGAAGGCUCUGAUCUCAGUCACACCUGACGAGGAGACGUAUGAUGAGGAGGAUGCUGCUUUCUGCCUGGAGAUGCUGCUACGCAUCGUCAUGGAGAACAGGGACCGCGUGUCGUCUGUAUGGCAGACGGUGCGGGACCACCUGUGCCACUUGUGUGUCCAGGCCACAGAGAGCUGCUUCCUGGUGGAGAGGGCUGUGGUGGGCCUCAUCAGACUGGCCAUCCGCCUGCUGCGCAGAGAGGACAUCAGCUCCCAGGUGCUGCUGUCCCUGCGUCUCCUGCUGAUGAUGAAACCACACGUCCUGGCCCGGGUUAGCCGGGAGGUGGCCUACGGCCUCCAUGAGCUGCUCAAGACCAACGCUGCCAACAUCCACUGCACAGACGACUGGUUCACCCUCUUCUCCCUAAUCGAGUGCAUCGGGGCCGGGAUCAAACCCCCCGCCUCCUUCCAGGUCACCUCCACCAGUCCCGACAUCGACACAGGUGCCCAGUCGGACAGUGAGCUGUCGUCCCAUCACCACAGUGAGGUGAGUCUGGACCGGGGCUACACCUCCGACUCUGAGGUCUACACGGAGCACGGAAAGUCCAGGAUGCCCCGCUCUGUCACUGACGUGGACGUGGCCAGCAGCGGGUGGCUGGUGGUUGGUAAAGAUGACCUGGACAUCAACAAGGUACCAGCCUCUGGCUCCAAGCCCCUGCUCAACCCUCUAGUGAACCAGUACAGCCUGACCCUGGGCCAAGACAUGGGCUUCCACGACACCAAGUCCCUCAUCAAGUGUGUGGAGUCCCUCUCCUUCAUAGUACGCGAUGCUGCACAUGUCACCCCUGAAAACUUUGAGCUGUGCGUCAAGGCCAUCCGGGUGUUUGUGGAGGCCAGCCUUAACGGAGGCUACAGGACCCAUGAGAAGAAGAAGAACCACAAGUACGACUCUCAGAAGUCCCGUGUGAGGAGGAAACCUCGGGAGAAAGAAGGUGCAUCCCGCCGCGCCAAGGCCUCCAGCCAGAGGCCCUCCCGUUCCCAUAGCGACGACGAGGAGGACGAGGGGGUCCCGGCCAGCUACCACACAGUGUCAUUACAGCUGUUAGACCUGAUGCACACGCUGCACACGAGGGCCGCCAGCAUCUACAGCUCCUGGGCAGAGGAACAGCGCCACCUGGAGGCCGCAGGGAAGAAGAUUGAGGCCGACUCCCAGACACUGUGGACCAGCUGCUGGUGCCCUCUGCUCCAAGGGAUAGCCUGGCUGUGCUGUGAUGCCAGGCGGCAGGUGCGAAUGCAGGCCCUGACCUACCUCCAGAGGGCACUGUUGGUUCAUGACCUGCAGACACUAGAUGCUGUGGAGUGGGAGUCCUGCUUCAACAAGGUCCUGUUCCCCCUGCUGACCAAGCUGCUGGACAAUAUUAGCCCUGCAGAUGUGGGCGGCAUGGAGGAGACCAGGAUGAGGGCCUGCACCCUGCUGUCAAAGGUGUUCUUGCAGCACCUCUCUCCCCUGUUGUCCCUGCCCACCUUCGCUGCCCUGUGGCUCACCAUCCUGGAUUUCAUGGACAAGUACAUGCACGCUGGCUCCAGUGACCUGCUGCUGGAGGCCAUUCCAGAGUCUCUGAAGAACAUGCUGCUGGUGAUGGACACAGCAGGAAUCUUCCACAGCGCCGACUCUCGUACGGGAUACUCUGACCUGUGGGAGAUCACCUGGGAACGAAUCAACUGCUUCCUGCCUAACCUCCGGGAGGAGCUCUUCAAACAGACAGUCAUACCACAACCAGGUACUGGACCACACACUACACCUGCAUCUAUUAAGGUAUCAUCUCCAGUGCCCCCAUCGACUCCCCCCAUGCCCACCCCAGUGAAGAUGUCCCCCCUGAGUCACUCCCCCAUGAGUCAGUCCCCCCUCAUCCUGCAGCCCCUGGCCUCCCAUCUGCAGGUGGGGGGCGUGCCCCCCAUGUCCCUCCCCAUCAUCCUCAACCCCACCCUCAUUGAGGCCAGCUCCCCUGUCCCCCUGCUCCCUGCCCCCAGGCCCACUGACCUUAGUGACACCCCGGAGAUAAAAUAGAGCCACCAUAGCCCUAUGCCUACUCUCACAGGAGGACACUGUCCCCUACCUGUCCCCUAAACAACAUAGCUGUCUCCUUAAUAGCUGUCUCCUUAGGCUCUGCACCCCUUUGCAGGGGGGGAUAGACCAACUCUAACACAGGGAGACCCUGGACAUGCAUGGUCACCUCUCAGACAACACUAAACAACCACAGACACAUCUAGCUUUGGUCUUAUCUAACAUCCUGGGGACCUGCUGUCCUUCAAUAUUCACGUAUUCAUCAGAAAAUACAUAUUUAUGAUAUACAUAUACGAUGCUACAUGGAUAUUAAGGACAGCACCUAUUUGACUCGCUUCGAUCUUUCCGACUUCUCCUACCGAGUCAGUUUCAACUUGAGCCCUACAAAGUUGACUACGUUGUUAGUAUGCCUGUGCUUAACAAUAAUCUAGAGAUCCUGACAGGAAUAAAAUCAUAGUGAAUAACUUAUUUGGUUUUAGGUACUGCAUGUUGUUUACUGAAUAGGAUGUACAGAGAUGAAUUUACUCCAGUCAAAGUAUCAGGGCACUGUGUCUUACAACAAAAAAAGAGCGAAAUACUAGCUAUAUCAUAACUCUUGUAUCUGAAGGUCGAAAUAUAAAUGUACAGUAAUAUAAAGCAUACAGUUUAUAUAUUUCCAUUAUAAAAUUGUCAGAGGUUUUUGAAAAUAAUUAUAUUAUAUGAUAUCCUGGGAUGUCCAAAGAGGGAGAAAUUUGCCUACAUGUUGUCAUGAGCUUGUUCGCAAAAAGUUGAUUACGAUGGCCCUAAAACAUUAUUUGCCCCAAAUAACAAAAAUAUGUUUUAAAAGGACACUUUACGUAUUCUUAAGUCCUCUAAAUACUGUUAUACCCAAGCGGGACAGAGGUGUGCAUGGUUUGGCUUGUAAAGAUGGAUUUGAGAUGCUGCCAUUGCUAACAAGGGCAGCACCUAGAACAUUCCGAAUGUGACGACUGGUCUGGCCUAGGCGUCAGCUUUUAUCGAUCAGGUUAGGGGAGUUGUAUAGGAAGGUCUUAAUGAGAUUAUUUAAACGAGUACAGUAUUGACUUACUUUUGUCAUGUGUAUCAGGGUGUAUUGGUCACGUUUGUGUAACAUGGUGCAUACAUCAGCUGUGGCCACUUAGCACUUGAGUAACCAUAUUGCCAUAUUAUAUGACUUAACUGGAGCAGAUUGAGCACAGUCAAUCUGGGACAAGCUGAUCUGAAAUUCAUUUCUAAGUGAUGAGAUGAUUGGUCCAGAUCAUCUUUGCAAGUUUUCAUAUGGGACUACUUUAUUCCACUUGACACAGUGAAAGUAUUCUUGCAUGUCACUGUCUGUACAGUAAGCAGUACAGUUAUUUAUUGAUUGCAGAGGAGUUUGAUAUUGGUAGGUUGAAGUUAGAGCCUUGAUCUUCUAUCAAAUUAUACCCAAACCAGAUACCCAUACCAGACAUCUCACUGCAUGUGAUGAUGGAAGAAGAAUCGUUUUCAAAAGCCUCAACCACUUAGAACAGGGAUGGGCAACUGGCGGCGUCCCGCGGCCCCCGUUUGUAAAGCCCAUGUCAGCUAAAUUUUUUUGAUUGCGAAGUUAGUUUAGCGGCCAGCUAUCUAAACUUGUUAUCAUGGUCAAAUUACCGUCCGGGGCGCCCCCAUUGAUUUUGUUAAUCAGUCUCACUCGGAUAUCAUAUUAAAAACUGCUAAUCCAUUCCCACGGGGGGCCA